AUGCCAAAGCAAAAGCAAAGGAAAUCCAGAAAACGAAGUAGAGGAGAACCUUCCUCGUCUUCAACAACCAGUAGUUCUUCCGGCAGUUCUAGCAAUAGUGCUAUAAAUGACGUUAAUAUAACAUCAGCUGUGGAGGCAGCAAAUAUUCGAAAUCCUCAUAUUUUGGCGGCAUAUCUGAAGAACAAAACUUAUACUGGUAGGGGCAAACCGUUAAAAUCAGAGGUGCAACAGUCAAUCAAUCAAAGUGGUCGAUUGGGAGCAUCUGACAAUAUAGUCCGGUCAAAUGACAAGUUGAUAUUCAAAAUAAAGGACAAAAAGCCACAGUGGUUGCAAAAUGUCAAAACAGGGGUGUUGUCAGAACAAGAUAAUAAGACUCUGCAGGAUAUUCUAAUUCAAUAUCAAGGUUGUAUAUUUUUGAAUUUGAAUAAUUUGGGGAAGGCACACUCUGUUUCAUUAAAAAUAGAGUUGGUCAAUGACAAACCAGUCACUCAUAAGGCCUAUCGAUUAGCAGAGAUAGAAAAACAAAUCAUGAGAGACGUUCGGGACGAACGUGACGUCAGGAUGGCCGUGCAGUCCCACUCUAUGUCUGUCGCUGCUGACCGGCAGAUCGACGGUGGCUGGGGGAAGAUGACACGACGCCAAGACGCCAAUGCUCUGAACCGAUUCAACGCAGCGCAAUAAGACGUUAUAUUUGUUUGUUACUUAAGAUUGUUGGAAUAUAUAUUUAUUACUGCAAGUAGUAUUGAUCGACUAGCGG